AUGAAAAUUGCAGCGAACCCCGUGCGCUCAACUCCCACAGUGCAGCAGCACCGUGCUACGAGCCGCGGUAUCGGCGCCAUGCUGGCGGAGCGUGUCGGCUACGUGCCUAAAUGUGAUAUUAACAAUCGCUACAUUGACGCCUAUAUAUACUACUUAACCAGGCUGACGCCGAUUACUCCACCCUGCCAGUGA